UCCGUUCAGGCUGGUGGAAGGACCCUGCCAGCACGCCUGUUUCAAAUCCUGAUUUUUCUGAGUCCCCCCCACCCCUCUGAUUUUUGGGGGAAACCUGGAGCGGUUCGGGAAGCACCAUGGUGUGGUGCCUGUGCUUCAUGUCCGAGGACGAAAAAAAUGCCAUGAUGAUCGAUAAAGAAAUCAGCCGGCUACUUCAAGAACAAAAGAAACGGGACCGGUGGGAGUUAAAGCUGCUGUUGUUGGGCACUGGGGAAGGUGGAAAAAGCACCUUCAUCAAACAGAUGAGGAUUAUCCACGGAGUGGGAUUCACGGAAGACGAGCGGAAGGACUUUGCGAAAGUGGUGUAUCAAAACAUCUUCACCUCUAUCCAGGCAAUCAUCAGAGCUAUGGAGAGCCUGCAGAUUCCUUACGCCCAGGAGGAGAAUGCACAAAACGCCCGGCAGCUCCUGAGCAUAGAUGCCUAUAAAGUGGUCUCCCUGGACCCCCACAAUGCCAGGAUCAUUGGUGGCCUCUGGAAGGAUGCCGGCAUCAGGACCUGUUAUAAGAAGAGAAGCAAAUUCCACCUGCUCGAUUCGACGUCCUACUUCCUUUCGAAUCUGGAUCGCAUUGCUUCUGAGGGGUAUGUGCCAAGUGCCCAGGAUAUCUUGAGAACCCGUGUGCCCACAACGGGCAUUAACGAGUACUGCUUCUCGAUGCAAAAGGUGACGUUAAGGAUCGUUGAUGUUGGCGGGCAGAAAACCGAACGCCGGAAGUGGAUCCACUGUUUCGAAAACGUGAUUGCCUUAAUCUAUUUGGCCUCUCUGAGCGAGUAUGACCAGUCGCUGGAGGAGAAUAAUACCGAAAACCGAAUGAGGGAGAGUUUAGAUCUCUUCAGGACAAUUCUGGAGCUGCCCUGGUUCUGGAACACCUCCAUUAUUCUCUUCCUGAACAAAGUGGACAUCCUGGAGGAGAAAAUCCUCACCUCGGAUCUGGCUGCCUAUUUCCCCACUUUCCCAGACCAGUAG